AUGGUGUUCGCUUCUUAUUUGCGCGAAAAAGGUGAUCAGUUUCGUCAAGAGCAUCUUAAUUCAAACGAUAUCUCCGAUCGUACACAAAUGCCUGCACAGUUCCCGUCAUGGCCCAACGGGACGGCAUGGAUGCGUACCCCAUGGCCUUCGGCCCCGGCUCUUGGUGGUCCUUUCCUCGGGGUGCACUGGCGCUGUGGAGACUAUGUGAGCGACACACAGUACAAUACGUAUACUAAUACGGCUUCGCCAUUUUUGGCUGCGAAACAAAUUUCUGAAGCCCUUCGUCGUCACGGACUGAAUACAGUUUUCUUGGCCACUGACGCUACAGACUAUGAGAUAAAAAUACUGGAGGAAGAACUCGCUCCGUACAAUGUGGUACGGUUUACUCCGUCCAGAUCAGAUUGGUUGCUGCUUGGACCCGGUGGACUCGCGAUUGUCGAUCAGUGGAUAUGCGCCCAUGCUAGGGUAUUCAUUGGCACCUCUCCGUCCACAUUCACUUUUCGCAUCACCGAGGAGCGUACGAUUAUGGGAUUUUCACCGGAAUCCACUUUCAACACUCUAUGCCCCGACGGAACAACUAAAUACUAUACAUCGAAUGUACAACAGGAGGCAAAAAAUACGAAAGCCUGUGAAGCUUUAACAUUUUGGCCGAUCAAACUCGAAUCUGGCUUUAUCCUCUCAGAGGAGAAUGCGGAUUCCGAAUCUUCAACUCGGGACGAACUGUGA